GGGCGGUGGAGGAGACUUUAACAUAAUAAAAGUGCCUUUUGGUCCCACUGGAGUGGCACACUAACAAGGAGGCUCCGUCUGACACAUGGAGGGCCCGAGCCGGAGCGCUGGGUUCCGGCAGAGCCGACGGUCUCGGUCGCAGCGCGACAGGGACCGGCGGCGCAGGAGGCGAGUGGACCCGGCCGAGCAGCGGGCCACGUCCCUGUCCUCGGGCUCCGAUCGGGAGACGCGCGGGACGGACAGCGUGUUGGGUCCCGCAGUCGGCGGGGGCAGAGACUGCCGCCGGCGGCCCGGGUUCGGGAGACACAGGCCUCCGCGCCGGAGGAAGAGGGAGUCGGUGUCCUGCGAGGAGGACAUCAUCGAUGGCUUCGCUAUCGCGAGCUUUGUCAGCUUGGAGGCACUGGAGAUGGACUGCUCUCUGAAGCCCAGUCAGCGCACUGAUAUGCUGGGAAGGAGGAAAAAGGGGAAGCGGGGUCCGGAGGAGAACGGCAGAGGGCCGCUGUCGGAGCCGGAGGAAGGAGCCCCGCACAGCUACUCCAGCAGCUGUUGGAACAAGAGUAAAAAUAAGAGGAGAAAGAUAGAGGGACACCCUUUGGAGACCGGCUACAUUUGUGACACUGAGAGUGAUACAGGAGACAAGGCCUCCGACAACGACAUGGACCCAGUCUUCACAGUCAGUACGAGGAAAGUCGUGGAGCCCGCCCCCUCAAACAUGGGCACGACCAUCGGAAAGAUCUGCCCGCCGCUCCCGGCCCGCUGCGGCGGCGUCUCCCGGCUGAUGGUGACUCCGAGAGUCUCCGGCCUCGAGCGAAGUCAGGAAAAAAACUCGGAGCAGCAUUUCCCGGAGCCCGUGUCUUCUUCUACCUCGUCCGCCCCGUUCUCCUGCCUGCCGUCCCCGGUCGCGGCCGCGGGCGCGGUCCCGCGCUCCAGCCCGUUCAACGGCAACGGCGGCCGCCACAACGGCAGCCCGCCGCUCUCCAAACCCAAACCCUUCCUCACUUUGCCAGGACGAGCUCACUCCAUCUACAACAUCAACAGGAGCAACACGCCGGUCAAGCCUCCCUCAUCGGCUUCAUCGGUUGCGUCUUCCUCAUCCAUGCGUCCCCCGACUCCCUCCACCAGUGUGUCGCUGCCCUACUUCAGGGGCUCGGGAUCCUCGGGGCCCCUCCGACCCCCGUCCCGAGCCAGCGCCGGGGCCUUGUUCGCAUCCUCGCCCGGCCUUCCUCCUCCUCCCCCUCUGCUGCAAGGCCCCGGCCACUCGACUGCAGCAGACCAAGAAUUACUGCGUCAGAACUUAAACUCCCACUUCUUGAAUUCACAAGAGCGCGACGGCAGACGCAGUGUCCCGGGGGCUGAAAACAACAACAGCAGCAGCAACGCGGCGGCCGCGGGGCGCUCCACUCCGGGCGGCCAGUCAGCAUCGAACUCCGGACCGGGUUCGUCGGGCCGGACGUCUCAGAACCAGACCAGCAUCCCGCCCAUGGCCUUCCAGUUCCAUCAGCACAACCACCAGCACCAACACACGCACACGCACCAACACUUCACGCCCUUCCUGCACCCCACAGCCACCGCGCCGCCUCUGUUUGAUAAGUAUGCAGGCAAAAUGGACGGGCUGUACCGACACCCUUUCUUCCCACAGUACCCGCCGCCCUCAGUGCCGAGUAUCCAGCCUGUGAUUCCUCCCACUGGGCCUUUCAGCUCUUUGCAAGGAGCAUUUCAGCCAAAGGGAGCGGGUCCUGAUAUCUCCUCCCGACUCGGGGUUGUGCCUCACCACCUGCAGCCCAAAGACCCCAGGAAACCAGGAAAGUGGUGUGCUAUGCAUGUGUAUGUGGCCUGGAUGAUUCUGAGCCAUCAGAAAAAAGUAAAGCUGAUGCGAGCUGAUCCUCACAAGCUGGACUUCCGUAGCGACCUGCUGGCCCGUCUUCCUGGAGCCGGAGGACUGGGGCCCAUGGGAGGAGCCAUGCCUCCCACUCACGAUCUGACCCGACCUCCCAGUCUGUUCUCAGCUGCAGGGGCAGUCAAUCCGUCCUCCGCUCCGUUCAUCUCUCCAUCGACGCCGCACUCCUCUUUCCUCCCACCGACUGCACACUUGGAUCCGUAUGGCCGAUCCCCCCCCUUCACCCCGCUGGGAGCCCUUGGUUCUGGUGCCUUUGGAGGACUUGGCAGCCCAACACUGGAUUCUCCAGCCGGCGUGGUCGGAGGCCUGCCCAACCCCAACCACCACGACCCGUGGAACCGUCUGCACGGCGGCCCGUCCGGCUUCGGGCCCGGCCCCAGCUGGGCCAAAGGGCCGGACAAGAGGGACGAGAGGGACCGGGGGAAGGACAUGGAGAGGAGAGACGUCCCCCACAUCAAGGACGAGAAGGACAGAGACAACAUGCUCUAUGGCCGACAACCUGUGAGAAUGUCUCCAGUCGCUCCCCCCUUCAAGCCCCGCAGUAGCACCCCGGUGUCCCACAUCAACGGCCACAGCAGCAGCAGCACCCAGGGGGGCGGUGCCGGGCCGAUUGAGGACCUGACGCGCAGCUCGAGCAGAGACCGAGACCGGGACCGGGACGGGGACAAGAGGCCACAGCAAACGUCUUCGCGGGGACCUCCUUCCUCUCUAGUAGCUGACCGGGACCGGCCGCGGUCUUCCUCGUCCUCUGUGCUCACCACGCCGCCGCCCGCCAACCGCUCGGCCCCGUCCCCCAUGGAGCUCUACCCGCGUCCGAUGGGCCCGGGGCCACACGGCCUCCACAGCGAACCCCAGCACUCCCAAAGAGACGGUAACCUCCCUUCUUCUUCCGCGGCGUCUGCCUCCGGCACCUCUUUGUCUCAGGCCAAGAAGUCCGACCGGACCUCGACGCCCGUCUCCAAGCCGCCGAUGCUCCUCCCGCCGGUUAAAGUCAAAGAGGAGCGUAAAGAGGAGCCGGAGCACAUCCCCAUCACGCUGCCUCCGCCGGCACCCAACCACAGCUUCGAGCGCCCCAACAGCCAUCCUCACCACCAUCGCUCCGGCACCCCUUCCUCUUCCUCGCUGUCGCUGACUCCCACUCCCGGUGUUCCCCUCAUGCCUCCCAACCCUAACCCUCCUUCCCACCAACAUCUCACCCUGCUGGACCGCUCCAGGGCCAUAGAGGCGUACCUGGGGAGCACGGGCGCGGCGGGUUUGAUGAUGGGUCCAGGAGGAGACCGCUUCCACCACGGUCCAGGACAAGGACCGCCGCAGGGUCCACACAGCUUCACGUGGGACCCCUGGAGGGAGCUGGCAGCUCAGCAGCAACAUCAGCACCGCAGGGAGGCGAUGGCACUUCGAGCAGAUCCCCACUUAGCCCUGCGGACCGACCCGCAUCUGGCCCGACUGCUCCAGCAUCAGCGCCUCAUGGAGGCGGACAGGGCGGCGGCCAUCGCGGCUGCGGCCAACCCUCACCACCCUUCGGUAUCUACCUCUUCGGCCCGCCAGGAGUUCGGCCUCAUGGCCCACCACUUCGAGCGCCCUCCUCACCUCGGACACCCGGGCGGGGGGCUCAUCGACGAGGAGCAGCGCGCCCAGAUCCUGAGGGAAGACUUUGAGCGCGCUCGCUACUACGGGAUGCACCCGCACAUCCCCCACGGCGCUCACCUCUCGAACCCCUCGCACGCUGCUACCGCCGCUCACCUGGAGCAGCUCCACCCCGGCCUUCUCUCCCACUCGCUCCACCACGGACCCUCCCCCGCCGCCCAGCACCACGCCGGCCUCUUCGCCCGCCUAGGCCAGCUGAACCCGCACCACGUGCCCAACGGCAUCCUGGCGAAGACGCCCUCGGGGCUGGUGGGAGCCUUGGCGGUGGGGGCGCCGCCUCCGCUCAUUCCGUCCAUCACCAGCCGGUCGUCCACGCCGCCCCGUAGACUCGGAGGGCCGGGCGACCUGGCGAUGUACGGCGCCCACAAAGACGGAGAGUCCAGAUAGUACAGGGACCACACUGGAGGAGAUUAAGGGAAAUGUCAGGAUCACUGUGCUGCUCUCAACCUGCCCCCCACCACCCUUUUUUCCUCUUGCAGACUACUUAAACCCUGCCCUUCCAGUUACACAACCAAACCAGCUCCACCCCCCCCCCCAAA